AUUAGCUGUUUCAAACAACAAUCUUUAUAAAUAGAAAAUAUUCAGGAAUUUUAGUAGUUUGCAUGUGUGAUUCCAGCCUCGGAAAAUAAAUAGCCUAAAACAUUUUGUUUUUCUGAUAAGAGCUUGUGAUAACUGAGAAUUCGACCAAAACAUCUCUAAUGUUUCUUUUUCUUAAAAUGUAUUAAAUUGAACAGGGGGUUCUAAAUGUUUCAAUUUAAUAAUAACAAACAAUAAUAAAAUUUUCCAACACUUUAUCUAUGCAAAUCGGUGUAGAAUUCCAUUACAAAAGCGGAACAAGACUGUGUACAGUGCAUCUUUAGAAAACCCUGCGUUGGACGUGAUUGGCAAAGACAUUAUUCUAUCCUCGGUACCCUGCCGUUCCGGGAUUACAGUGACGUCACGCUGAUACCCUUGCAUGGAUGAAUGCUAAAGAACUAUAGAGCCACAAAUAAUAGCACAAGCAGAGUCCAUAUCUUGCAAGUCUUACGUUAUCCUUUAAGCCUCCUUCAGCUAACACAACAACAUUUUUUUUUUGCUCUUAAUGACGCUUAAUUUCAUUUCUUAUCGGGUCCUUGGGGGGGAUUAUUCAUUCAUAUAAAACAAUCUGCAGUUGAUGCCAGCCUAAAGUCUCCCUCCUAUGAGUGAAGUCAUCUAUUAUUGAGCGAAAGGCCGUGCGUGGAAAUGUGUGUAAGACGGUGGAUUUGAAGUAGAAUUGGUUGCAAUCGAUCAAGGGUGAGGAAUAUUGCUGAUGGUAACAAAAGAAGCAGCUAUGUCUUUCUCGCAAUUUGGAUACCCUUACAAUGCAACUUCACAGGUAAGACACUCUUUAUUUUUAUAUAUAUUUCUGCUAAGUUUUGUGUACACACACAUAAAUUGAUUUUGUCGCAUAUUUUCUUUUAUUACAACAGCCAGAGUACUUUUCUCUAGUAACAAACAUUAAUGAAUGAGUGACUGAUUUGACAGUAUUGACAGCUGUUUUCGAGUGGUGCAUUUGUUGUUGUUGAACCAAAUAUCGAUAUACACUCACCCAUGUCCAAUUACACUGAAUUAUGAAUGAACUCACGUGUUUUUCUGAUGACAAUAGAGAUGAAUGUCACCUAUUGCACACUACGAUGUGUAAAUGGGCUGUAACGCGUGCUGUAGCCUACACAUUCGCAAACUUUCUAUAUAAAUUGCAGCGAUGUGUUGGAUGUUAGACAGUGGAUCGUUUUGGGAGACUUUAAAACAUAAUGAAAGUGAUUCAUUUACAUUUUAAGACAAUAUUAUUGCGUCUAAUGACAAGUUCGAAGUGAAAGAAAAAGUUCAAAUGGAUGAAGGGACAAAAGUUACUAUCCUGGCAAAGUUAUCACCAAACUUUUAGCUCGAUAAUGUCGAGUUGAGUAAAAUUUAAAUCUAACAUAAGGUGGUGGUUUAAGGGAUAUUGACAUCACUAUAAAGUUUUUCUUUUCUCAUGCAGAAAUUCUAAUUUAAACCAUAUGAUAAACUGGAGAGGGUCACUUUUACGCACGGAUCGUGAGCAACUCUUUUCAUCUUAAUAUCCAUGAUAAAAAUAUCCAUGCGACGUCACUUACUUUCAUAUACAAUAAUAAAUUAAACAUUUUAUCCACAAUUGGAAAGGGGACAGUGAGGUGAUAUCGCUUAUUGCACUUGUUCACAAUGUCAGCUACUUUCUCUCAUUCCAGGAAUUCUCUGAAAAGUGACUUACCUUGAAUUAAGGCAGGUCACAAGUUAAGAUAAACACACCUGAUUUUUGAUCAUUUAACUGAUGUGCACAAGACACAAACGAAAACAGCCCACAUUUUUCACCCGUUUUAAGAUUUCAAGAGUCAACACUAGACCGAGCAACUUGUUAAGAUGGAUAUCUUUUUGCAGUGCAUCACCCACAGUCACUUCAGAGUUGUCACAGACAUCCAGAUAAGAGCUGAAACAGCCAAUGACCAUGUCUAUCCACGAUUCUCUUCAUGCAGUUUUUCGUGUCGGCAAACCCCAGUACGACUUGCUGCGAUUCGAUUUCCAGGUCGGUCUCUGACGGGACAGGCGGCUCCCAGACCGCCGCUGCCGCCGCCGCCGCCGCCUCCUUCUGCUGCCCGUCCUACGAGAACCGGCUCCUGGCGAGCAGCCGGACGGAGCUGAACGCAGCGCUGGGAAUGUACAGCUCUCCCUACGCCGCAGCGGCUGCCGCCACCCAGAACUACGCCAACUACUUCCCCUACAGCACCGACCCAUCCGCUAUCUACUCCACUCUGAAUCCACAGUACGACAUCAAGGACAGCACAGGCACUUUACACUCUGGCAUCACUCAAACUGCUGCAUACUAUCCCUACGAUCAUUCACUGGGCCAGUAUCAAUACGACAGAUAUGGGACAGUAGACUUUAAUGGCACAGCCAGAAGAAAGAAUGCGACCCGAGAAACCACCAGCACCCUGAAAACAUGGUUGUAUGAGCACCGCAAGAACCCCUACCCCACCAAGGGAGAGAAGAUCAUGUUGGCCAUCAUCACCAAAAUGACCCUCACCCAAGUGUCCACCUGGUUCGCCAACGCCAGGAGGAGGCUAAAGAAGGAGAACAAGAUGACCUGGUCGCCAAAGAAUAAGGCCGGCGAUGACAGGAAGGAUGACAUUAACAAGAGCGAUCAAGAAUGUGUCACCAAAGAUUCUAGUGAUUGCAGGGAAGAGAAGGACUUGCAUCUGAGUGAUCUGGAGGACAUGGACAAUGAUGACUGUGACAAACUGGACAGUGACUGUGAAAAAGUGGGUGCAGAUGAGCAGGACAUCCAGAGGGCCAUGGCGGUAGCUGGAGCCCCUCAAAAGAGAGACUGCAGCUCUGAGCUGCACCUGAGUUUAACUAACAACUUCCACACAUUCCCCUGCGCCAUCAAGGGUGUGACCACUCUGCCUCCUCUCCCAUCUGACUUCCUGGAUCCUGUAGUGUCCAAGGCCCCCUCUUCGACCGGCUCUACAGGAACGUUGUCACUGUCUCACUUUGAAGCAUCAGAUAAGCCGCGGAUUUGGUCUCUGGCUCGUACGGCGGCUUCGGGUGUCAUCUUGAGCCCUCAUCAUGGCUCUGAGCAGAGGACAGGCAACUCGACCGGGGACUGCCAGCUCCAGAGCACCAGGCUUACCGGGGCUCCUACUGGUCAGUGCGGGAGCAUGAGAGGCCUCCAUGAAUCAAGCAGUGUCACCAAUGCUGAGAACCCCUUCCCUGAAGGCUCCUCUUUGCGCUCAAAAGUCUAUGGCACUGGCAACUACAGUCACAAGGGCCUCCAACUACACUGUUCGUCCUACGCUGCACUCCCAGACACAUGCCAGUACUCCUCCAUUGACGGAUUCUCUGGCGGCAAAGCAGAGACACAGUCGUCUGACCUCAGCGAAGCCUGUGGGACCGUGCAGGAUGACAAGGUCACUGCAUUCAGACCAGUGAUGAAGAGGUGAAGCAGAUUGCAGGAGACGGUACCACAAUAAAUAAUGGGACAUUUAUUAUGCACUAAAGGACACACUGGCCGAGUAGCGGCCUCAAUACGACACGUGGGAGCUACCUGGCGCUGCUGCAGUGAGAGCUGUCAAACUGUGGACGUGGCUAUCAUUUUGCACAACAUUGUUUUUAUGGUGUUAAAGACUUUAUGCAAAAAUUUUAGAUGCAAAAGUAUGAGAAUGGCCAGGUAAAAACGGCCGAAUUUGUGUAUGGCAAUCGUGUAGUGUAGCAAACC